GGAAGUACCUGCUUAUAAGAGCAAGACAAGUUCGCAACUAUUGACGUCCAAGUAUCAACAUGUUCCUCGAAAAAGGGAAGCAGGACUGAACUAGCAUUUGAAAAUGAGCAAGUAAAGCAGAAACUAGUACUAUUCAAUCUUUCAAUAUAAUGCCUGCCACCUUCUUUUUGACCAGCGUCAACGUCCUUCAACGCCUACCAUGCUCGUACACUUUUUAAGUCUCAGUAGUCGGUGCCUCGCUAUGCUUCACAUUAGCUUGUUCGAAGGCCACGAUCUUGCAUUCUUAGCAUCACUAGAAACAUGGCAGUUCUACUGACUAAUGAGUUACUAAGAAAAUUUUAUCUGCAGCCUUCAACAAGGUGCUCUCCGCUUCAAGGGAAUGAACUUCAUGUAGAGAAGGAGAGUGAUCAAACAAGCGGCAAUAUAGCAAUGGCUUCUUCCGCCCCAGGUGCACGUUGGAGCCAUGCCCUCAUCAGAAAAAAUGUUCCUCCAGUUGCCACAGGCAUUGCUGCUAUGCAGAAACAUGAACUCAUUGGCACAAAGAGGCCUGGCAUGGGGCUGCUAAAACGGCAAAGAGGAAGGUACUGGACAGGUAUGCCAUUUGUAGGAGGCAAUCAAACGAUAGGACGAACAAAGCUGAGAUUAGCAAGAAAACAUCAGAAGUUGGGAAAACUUGUACCCGAUGGAGAAUUCAUCGAUAGAGUUUCCCUCCUCAGUGAGACUGCAGCCUAUAUCGUCGCUCUUAAAACACAGGUGCAUGUGACGAACAAUAUUGUUAAUGUCGUCGAGCUUUUUAACGAAAUAGGCGAAGGAUAGUCCACUAGUUACUGCAUGCUUCAAGCAAGAGAUGGAGAAGCAAGAACAGUAAUUACAUCCAACCAGUGGGAGAAACUCAAGAAGGCAACUUGAACUGAAUGAGGCGAGAAAAAUCCUCAGUUGGAAAUUACUGUGAUGCCACAGGAGCUUGCAAUCUUGAUGGUUUAUCCUUCUUUGCCGCAUGUCCAAUGUUAUCGUGUGCAUUGUUAAUGAAUGAUUUUGCCCAAGGAAAGCCAAAACCUUUUACAUAUGCACCACCUGUUACAGCUUCCAAAUUUGCCAGAUACUGAGGUAAAAUGUCGAAUUGCAAGCAAGAAAAAGACCAACUCAAAACAUGUUCGAACAAAUUGAGAAAUCACGCCAAAAUAGAUUCAAUCUGACCUACAUGGAACGAUGAGUUUCAGCCUAGAAGCCUCUGAAUUGCAAGGCUGCAAGUAGAAUAUUUGCAACCCUGACGAAACAUUUUCAAUAACCGUGACUUCAACUUUAGUUGAACAGCCAACGACUUGCCAAACAUAGCCCAAAAGGUAGGCUUUCAAUGCCCCACUUUGUCCAGAAAAUUGGGAUAAACAAGAAUUUGACAUCAGGUACAACAAAACCCAACAUCCCUUGCACAAAAGAUAGCCUUUCAAAUUUCAAUGCUCCGCUUUAUCCAGAAAAUUGGGAUAAACAAAACAUGAGGUAGACAAAACCCAAUAUCCCUUGCCUUUCCAAGUGCAAUCAAUGGCCGCUAAAUGCACAUAUAUGUAAUAAACUUAAUGACAACCGAUCGCACAGAUAUUAAUGAAAUAGUUGAGCAAUCUGUCAAAUUAAUCUGAUGACAAAGAGAAAUAUAAACAUAAGACCACACAAUCCAGACCCCACCUCACCAGUUCGGCAGUCACCUCACC